AGCGUUCCUUCAAGAUUUCGGCCUCCGUCUCAUCGUUGACCAGGCCGAGGAAGUCCCACGUGGCAGGAGGGUCGAUGUGCCGCUUCCCGUGUUUUUUGCCAUUUUCUCUUUGAUCUUCCGUGCUGGUCAUCCCGCUUUCGAAUUGCAGCGCGCAGGUCGGCCGCCUUCGACCGUGGCCCGUCGCUAGAAGCUGUCAGGUGGUUGUCGUCGCUUCGUUCCGCGUUAACCUUUCGACGAAAAGCCUCGGAUUUAUGUCGGACUAAUGUCGAGCGGCUGAUUUUCGACGGAUUUUUCGAGCCGAGACAAUGAGGAACUAAAUGGGACGAAACUAGUUUCAGGCUUUCAAGAGUUUUAACUAGUGACAAUGGAAGAAAGGAUAAUAGACGAGACUUUCAACCAAACAAGAACUCGCCCAGUCGAAACAUCAUGGCUUCCGAGGCGAUACCUAGUCGCCCUUCUGUCUUUCUUCGGCUUUGCAAAUAUUUACGCAAUGCGGGUCAAUUUGAGUGUAGCGAUUGUCGUUAUGAAGGACAAGAGAAUUUCAUAUCUACCAAAUGGAACGAAAAUUGUUGAGCCUCCUGAGUUUGAUUGGGACAGUGGAAUAGAUGGAGUAAUCCUUAGUUCUUUUUUUUACGGCUACAUCCUGACGCAAAUUAUAGGAGGUUGGUUGGCCUGCAGGUACGGCGGUAAAAACCUGUUCGGCAUCGGCGUCGGCGUCACUGCACUUUUGACACUUCUAACUCCAUUCUUUGCCAGGACGAGUGUAUAUCUUUUAGUGUUCGGCAGGAUUGUCGAAGGAUUAUUUGAAGGAAUAACAUUUCCUAGUAUGCAUGGGGUUUGGUCCAAAUGGUCACCCCCAGAGGAACGGAGUCGUUUAGUUGCUAUAUCGUAUUCAGGUUGUUACUUCGGCACCGUUGCCGCUCUUCCCCUUUGUGGAGCUUUAGCCGAACGUCUUGGAUGGCCAUCCAUAUUUUAUGUUUUCGGCGCCAUUGGAUGCCUUUGGACUGUCAUCUGGCUGCUUGUCGUCAGCGAAACGCCAGGAUCGGACAAAAGGAUCAGCGAUACAGAAAAAGAGUAUAUUGAAGAUUCUUUGAACUCGAACACCAAAGUGAAAUUGAAUGUUCCCUGGAAAGAAAUUUUCAAAUCUUGGCCAGUUUGGGCUAUAGUUAUAGCGCAUACCACUGAAAACUGGGGCUUUUACACCCUUCUCACAGGCCUGCCGACAUAUAUGGAUGAUGUGUUUGGAUACAGCUUUCUCAGGGCCGGAAUCCUCGCUGCCCUGCCGUAUUUGGCUAUGGGUAUAAUCGUCCAGACAAGUGGCUUCAUGGCCGACUGGUUCAGAUCCACCGGCAAUUUGACUACGAUGCAAGUUCGCAAGAUGUUUACAUGCACCGGUUUUUUAACCAGGUCGAUAUUUCUUAUAGCGACAGCACAUUCGACGACUCCCGUGUCAAUUAUCACUUGUCUGACUGUCGCCGUCGGCUUUGGAGGACUGGCUUUUGCUGGAUUUAGUGUGAACCACCUGGACAUUGCGCCUCAGUAUGCAAGCAUUCUUAUGGGAAUAUCAAAUACAGCCGCCACUCUACCUGGUAUUUUAAGCCCAAUAGUGACUGGAUAUGUCGUUCAGAAAGGAACUGUUGAAGAAUGGCAUUCGAUUCUUUAUUUUUCGGCCAUUGUAUACGUCAUCGGUGCUGCAUUUUACGCUCUCCUUGCAUCUGGCAAAGUCCAGUCCUGGGCUUUGAUCGGCCAGGAACAGGUCUUCCUAUCUGACAACGAGCAGUCCCAAACAUCGACAGAAGAUCUAAUCCCCGUCCCUGCCCCGCGUUACCAGUCCGUUCAUUGAAAUGCAUAAUCGUAUAAAUAAACUAAAACAUUUCCAAAGA